CCCCCUGAUGUGGGCUUUGCAAUGCAUGCAUUGCAUCCCAUUGUGUGUGAGCCUCCAGAGCUGCGAUUGUGUCUUCAGGGCUGGAAGAGGAAAGAACGGAUGGAAUCCCAGAGAGAUUGAAAGAGAGAGAGAGAGAAAUCCAAGGGGUGUGGAUGCAAGUUCUGGACUCAAGGGGACGUGGGAGUGGGCAGAAGCCCCCAACUUGCAAGCCGAGAGCCAAGCAGCCAGUGUCCCUUGUCGACAGAGGCGUGUCGGAAAUGACCCUGUGGGAUGCUCCCAGUGCCAUUGUGGGCUCCUGGGUUCUCCUGUUUCUGUUCCUUGCUCCGCUCUCCUGCCAUUUGUGCCCCGUCCCCUGCGAGUGCUCCGAACCGGCCCGCACGGUCAAGUGCGUCCAGAAGGAGCUGACCUCCAUCCCUGUUGGCCUCCCCAGGUACACCCGCAACCUCUUCAUCACAGGCAACCAGAUCGGACGCAUCGGCAGCCAGGACUUCCAUGGGCUGCCCAACCUGGUUACUCUCUCACUGGCCAACAACAGAAUCAACCUUGUGGAGUCACAGGCCUUCUCCGCUCUCCACCACCUGAGAUACUUGGACUUGAGUCAUAAUGACUUAACUUCCAUCCACCCGGAUGCUUUCAGUGCUAGGAACAACUCCAUCCAGGAACUGAACCUUAGCUAUUCCCUGUACAACUCCUCUGUCAUUCGCCCUGUGGCAACCGCCCUUGCCCAAGGUGGCUUCCAGAACCUCACCAGGCUAGAGCUCACCAGCAAUGAGAUUGUCUAUUUGCCGUUCCACAUGUUGUCCGGCCUCUCCAAAUUGGAACAUUUAGACUUGAGGAACAACUCCUUGGUGGACAUCAGAAACUCCACUUUUUCAGCCCUUGACCUAAAAUAUCUUGAUUUGACAAUGAAUGCCUUCAAGACCUUGAGAAGCGAAGCCUUGUCUGCCCUUAGUAGACAACGUCAUCUCCACCUUUUCCUGAAGGACAACCCUUUUGUCUGUGAUUGUAACAUUGAGGACCUGCUGAGCUGGCUGAACCGAAGCCAGCAGGUCGUAGAUGUGGAAAAGCUCACCUGUGCCUUCCCUCAAUCUUUGAAGAACACAACCCUGGUGGAGUUGGUUGGGGCGAGUCUCGACUGCCACUUCGGACAGCAUGGGGAAAACACUCUUCACACCUCAUAUGCUGCCCUAGGCAUUGUUCUAGGUGUCAUCGGAGUCAUCUUCCUCUUUGUGCUUUAUCUGAAUCGGAAAGGCAUCAAGACGUGGAUGAAUACUGUAAGGGAUACCUGCCAGAACUUAAUGGAUGAGUACCGCUAUCAUUAUGAAAUUGACACAGAUCACCGUAUCACUCAAGUCUCUGCACUGGACAUAUGAUGCUGUUUGGAGGGGGGGGGGGGGAUUGGAGUCCUGUAAAGAUUUGUGCUGUUGUUGCUUCUGUUCAUGAUUGGGACACCAAACUUUGUUUGGGACAGUCUCUUUCUGAGAAACUCUGUGUGACUGGGAAAAAAACCCUAAAGCUUGAAAGGCAGAAAAACUCUGGAUUAGACUCUUAUAUGUAUGAUCCUGAGGACAUUUCUUUCUUUGUAAACAUUCUACAGAACUUGACUAAUUCAAAUGUAAACUUGCUGGGAAAUUGUUCCAUCCCCACUGUAAGUUCUGCCAAAAAAAUUUGGUGAGGAAAGUCAAAUUUCUGAAGUGGCAUCACCGGAUAUCGAGACUUCCGAAAGCCCAUAUGUCUGGGAGCUUUUUUCCAGUCUAGGCAUUGUGUUUUAACUGUGUUUUAUUCCAACAGAACUGUUUAUCUGUUUUGUUCAUUAACGAACUG